UGUCUCACUUUUAAAGAAGGCAGCACCAGAUUGUGUGAUUUAUGUAUUUUUUACGGGUUUCUAUUAUAGCCGGUGAUUUUGUGCUGUUAUCUCGUCGGUAAACUGCAUUUAGGGCAACGUUUACACAAAGUGUGCACCUGUUACCACCCGCUCCUGUUCACACUGCAGGUUUAUUUAUCGGACAAAAAGCCGCAUAGUUGUGAACAAAAAACAAAAACGUAGCAUUAAAAUUGUGAAUUUCUUAAAAAACGGUUUCCUGCUUGGAUCCCAUUAAGCUUACUAGACGAUUUUAAACAUUUACUGGUUUCUAUUAAUGGUGCAGAAGUGCUAAAAAGUGUUUUCUAAUGAGUUUGAGUUCUGAGGAAAGGGAGUGUCGUCGCAUGCUGCUUGAGUCCAAACUUGAGUGACGACUUCUUGCAACAACACAUGACAAGCAGGUUUGUCUCUGCACACCCAGCAGCCCUAAGCUAACAUCUUUAGGUGACGUUUCCUUUCUAAAGGUCGACGCUUAAAUGAUUCACACUUUAAUUAAAUGGUUUCACUUACUAAUACACUGACGUGGUAACAGAAUGAGCCAGCAUGGAGGGAUACUCGAGUAGUCCCAGAGCCUGUGAGCUUAUCAACGGUAGGUGCAUCCCGCAGGUGCAGUCAUGGUAAGCAGGCUGACUUGUAGUUCCCACGCCAACAGCGCACAGUUUAGAUGCAAGGGGGAAGCAAGUCUCUGCAUGCCCUCAAGGUCUGUGAAACUAAGAGUGAUCUGUCUGCCGGGUGUUUUUACUGGGCCUACGACUUUAAUAAGACGGAUUACUAAACUGAUAUUACAAAUAACAGACAGGUGUGCAAGCAAGCUUAGUGAGGGUGAGUGUUCGCUGGAACCACUUACCCUGAACGAAACUACGACUGGACAGGAUAUAUGCAAACGCGUGGCUUAGGUUUUGCAUACAGUUGACAGGUUUUCUAAUUUAAACACGUCCCUCUGCUUACUGUCCAUCCUAGUGUGAAGGAACAAGUGUAGCCUGAGGGGGAAGUGUUUGUGCACAAGGAGAUUCUUCUAGCCAUGCAGCUAGAGAAACAGUUCAACACCUUUCCAUCUGAACCAGCCAAACCACUCCAAACAACGUCGUUAGGGUCAUCGCUCAAAAAUCGGCUUAGAAAGAAUCUAGCACAAAAAUAUUUGACUAUUCUGUUUUCACCCUAAUCUGUCAGCAGGUACAAAUUUAGCAAAGACAAACAAACACGUCCAGAGCUUUACUAAUUCAUGUGUGACGGCCUUUAUUCUCUUUUCAGAAAACCUUCUACGGAGUCGAAAUGGACAAUGCUCAGGAACGUAAGCCAAAACGGCCUCACUACAUUCCCCGACCCCCGGGGAAGCCUUUCAAGUACCAGUGUUUCCAGUGUCCAUUCACCUGCAACGAAAAGUCCCAUCUCUUUAACCACAUGAAAUACAACUUGUGUAAAAACUCCAUCUCACUCAUGUCACAGAAAAACGGGCAAGCCGCCCGGCAGAUCAAGGCUGUGGCAAAAGGAGUCUCGGUCAAAUCUAAGGAUUGUGCCACGGUCCUUUCGGCAGUCCAAAACAAAAGUCCCGAGAGUCGUGAAGAGGAGGAGAACAAGGACAAAAGUAGAGACGAUACAGAGGUGGAGGUUGGGUGUGAGAGGUCAGUCGACUCAGACAGUCCUAGUCUGGAAAAACCAAAUAUAUGCCCUGAGAAAGAAAUCAGCGAGAACAAUGAGAUUACAGAUCUGCCCCGGCCGCGCCUUUCAGCCUUCUCUCCCGUCACGCCCAACCGUGAGGGUGCAGAAGCCCUGAAAUCCCCAGAGCAGCAGGCAGACGACUCCCAAUCUCCUACUAUCAACGACCUAAGCAACCCAUGGGGAAGAAUUUCAUCAACCAAUCCCUUAAAAUCUUUCACUCCUCUCGUGGUUCCUGAAUACCCUCCUUACCUUUGGCCCGACAGACACCUCUAUCCACCGUACUACCUCCCAGGACACGUCCGUGUGAAUGAGCAAAGUUCUUCUUUCCAGACAGAAUUCGUAGAUUCCCAAAGACCUAUGGUUCGGCAACCCAUUACCCCACCUCAUGCUUCCCCAUUUCCUCCUUACCCUUACAGAUACUGCCACACGCUUCACCCGGCGCCUCCUAUGCAUUACUCCUUUUACCGACCCCACGAACUUCCCAUGCAGAUUACAGGACACAGAUAUGUUCCUUUGGAAGUCUACGGCCAAAGCCUUGGCCAUAAAGAUUAUGACCUCUACAUGUACUCACGACCCGGUCACAACAACCCACACAGCUCUACCGAGGAGGAGGCUCACCAUGGCCGAAGCAGUGAAAAAGCAACACGGCUGAGCCCUAAAGAGGGAUGUUCAGCUUCAGGGUCUCCUGACAGACCGAGUCAAGCGGACAUCAUCCAAAGAGAUGAAAAGACCUCACCGCACACCCGCGUGGAUGACUCACAGACCUCCACCCAGCCCAGAGACACAUCCAGAACCACAGAACCCAUCAAACAAGAUUUAAGCCACGAAGAGGCAGCAGAAGCUCUGUCUCAGUUAAAAAAUCUGGAUGGAGGAUCAGCUGAAAGCAGCCAGUACCCCUCUGUAGCUGCCUGUGAGCCAGGGCUCAAGUCUGGGUCUGAGGAGAACCCAGAGGACGACACAGAGGACCUGGCACCACUCAACCUCUCAACAAGAAACCAGGAUCAUGAGGAGAAACCUGAGCACAGACUUUUGGGCUCAGACACUGAAAGGUCAGACGUCAGCGAGUUCCCGCUGAAUCUCAGCCUCCGAGCGUCGCCCAGCAGCCUCGUACAUGGCUCUAUAGCAGUAGAAGGUCCUCCACAGGGUCCUGAUGAAGAUCUGGAUGAAGAACGGUGUGACCAGAGGCAGACGGCAGCUCUGGCACUCUGCCAACUAGCAACUGCAAGCUCUGUGGUGUCUUCAAACAGUUUCAGUGUUAUGUCCCAGUCCUCUGAAGGGCCACUGGGCACUACAAGGAACGCUCCUCUGGAAAGAACCCAGCCGCCUACAAGGGCUAAAACACCCAUGAAAAGAGCAAUCCGAGGCCAGACCGAGAGCAAAUGGCAUCAACCGAACAAGAAAGCAAAACCAUCAGGACGAGCUCUGAGGAGGCGGCAUCGGUGCUGACGACUACACACCGACUGUUUCAGGACUGUGACAAAGAGGACUUACAAGCACCAAUGCAAGCAAAGCCUCCACAUCCAGACGCUUGCUUUAGCACUGCAGAGCUGAAGCAACCUGGUAACCGUGGAAAUGACAUGCCAACGGCACGGCUGCAAGGUUCCUUGUCCAGAAGAAAGAAAAGAGAAUCUCGUUCGUUUAACAAACUUGUUGUUACAGGUACAGCUAACUGUAUCACGCUAGCUCUCAAACCUGAGCUGAAAAGAGGACUUAAAGAGAAAAACUGGCAUGUUUGAAUUCGGUAUACAUAAUUAACAGCUGGAAUAUACAGAAACGUCUAUGUGCUGCAAAUGUAAAUAAGUGUAAAUCUGCUGAAUAAAGGAAUAACAGUCUUGAA